GAGCGCAAUUGGGGCAAAACCACCUCCGUGCUUCUGUAUGCGUUUAUAGCAAGCAUGGCAGGCGACAGCGAGACAAGGGUGGACAGUCAAGCCGAAAACGAGAAUGCUAUUCGGCAACCUUUCCUCAUCGGGGUAGCCGGAGGGACUGCCAGCGGCAAGUCGUCUGUCUGCGGUAAGAUCAUGGAGCUGCUUGGCCAGAACAAGAUUGACCACCACCAGCGCCAGGUGGCCAUUCUCAGCCAAGACAGCUUCUACAGGGUCCUCACACCGGACCAGAAGGCCAAGGCACUGAAGGGACAGUUCAACUUCGACCACCCAGAUGCAUUUGACAAUGAGCUCAUCGUCAAAACGUUGUGGGACAUUUUGGAGGGCCAAACAGUGCAGAUCCCAGUGUAUGACUUUGUCACCCAUUCCAGGAAGGAAGAGGCGGUGACGGUGUACCCAGCAGAUGUGGUGCUGUUCGAGGGCAUCCUGAUGUUCUACUCCCAGGAGAUCAGGGACCUGUUCCAGAUGAAGCUGUUUGUGGACACAGACGCAGACACACGGCUCUCACGCAGGGUGCUCCGAGACAUCAGCGAGCGAGGAAGGGACCUGGAGCAGGUGCUAACGCAAUACAUAACCUUUGUUAAGCCAGCCUUCGAAGAGUUCUGUCUGCCAACCAAGAAGUGUGCUGAUGUGAUCAUUCCUAGAGGAGCAGAUAAUCUUGUUGCCAUAAACCUUAUAGUUCAGCACAUCCAGGACAUUCUGAACGGUGGUCUGACCAAACGCCUGAACAGCAGCCUUAACGGUUACGGAACUCCCCGGAAACGGCAGGUGUCAGAGUCCAGCAGUCGGCCCCACUAACUGCACCGGCCCUCUCUGAACACCAGGGAGCUGGGGAUCGAUGGAAGAGGGCUCAUCUGUACAUACCUACCACCUGUCUGCUACACUGUAUUUAAAUAACAAACAAAAAACAACAACUUAAAAAAAAAAACUCUCUAGCAAGAAUAUGCAAGGCCUUCAUUUGAUUAUUUUUUUUUGACUGGAUGAUGAAAUGUUUUGUAAGGGAGAAAGGAACUGUUUUUCAGUUCAAAGGUGAAGCAGUUAUUUUAUUUAUGUAUUUUUAUUUGAUAUUCUGGCCCCUUUUUGAGCUUGCAGAUGUUAAUAAAUGAGGAGGACGUUGGGUUGAGCUUGA